AAACAACUGGAGAAGGAGAAGAUUACGGAGAAAGUUACGAAGAAACGAUCAGAAAAGGUUAUGGAAAAGAAAUUAAAGGAAAAGGAGCAAGGAACGAGUAAAGAAGCGAACACUGCCGGAAAGGCAACAGAGCUGAAAGAAGAAGGUCAAGAGCAGCUGGAUGACAUUAAAACGAGUGAAACGAAGAAAACAUCGAAAUCAUCGUUACGUUUCGGCGGCUAUGAUCCAUCGGUGAAUUACGGAUGUCAGAAUAAAAUGAUCAAAUGUUACAUUUUGCAUCAAAUGGUUUAUCAGUUUGUUUUUGGACAUCCGGAUGGUACAAAACCGACAAUUUAUGAGAAAUCAGUUGCAGUAGAUGCAGAUUUUGUUAGUUUUCCGCGUUUCGAGUUUGGCUUUUUGCGUUUAAAAUGCAAUCAGUUUCAAUGA